ACUUUAGAACCACGUUUGUUCUUUUAAAAAAGAACAAAUUGGAGCAAACAAAUACCUGCUGCUCACAGCCUCUCGGUGCUGUCAGUGAAGCCAUGGCCUCGGUGCCCUCCGUCGGUUGUCUUCUGGCCAAAAAUCAGUAUUAUCAAAAGUCCAGUAUUUCUUCAGUUAGUUCUUUAACUGGUUCUUAUUCUGUUAACCUCCUAGAUGAUGGCAAAUCCCAACAAGGGUUACCAGAAGCAGCAGAAUCCAGCUGGUGGUUUAUAUCCUUUUUCUAUUUUGAACCUGUACUUUCAAAUGAGAGAAUAAAAGAUGCAUCUGCUAGUGGCACUGAUAGUUGAAUCUGACAGUCAAGACACUCUACCUGCUGCGGUGCUACACAGGUGGACCCUGCCCUUGAGCGCUCCAGCUAUUCUGAGGACUCCUCUCCAUUGUAAGAGGACAAAAACCUGCUUGAGACCUCAUCUAUGAGACAAGCACACAUCGGCCUCCGAUAGAGAAACAUUUGGGCAUUAUUCUCAAUGCUAAGAUUAUCGCUGGGAGUGGCAUCAGCUACAUGAAGGAUAUUUGAAAAGCAUGCCUUUAGAAACAUGUGACCUUUUAAAGCACUGAGAGUCUUUAAAUGUACAGAUUUAUAUGAAGUAGCCCUCUCAUUAUCUGUAUUAUUUUCAUUUAAAAAAUUUGUUAGACUCUU